AUGGCCUCGCAGUCAGUACAAGGGGACCGGACGCGGCUCAUCGUGACGAACCUGGCACGCUCUGUCCAGGAUGCGCAUCUCCGCCAGCACGUGCAGCUUUGUCCACCAUCGCCGCCGGAGCUCACCGACGUUAAGGUGCUGCAGAAACCUGACGGCACGUCACGCCGCCUCGCUUUCCUCGGAUUCAAGUCGCAUCAGGACGCAGACCGAGUGCUGGCCUGGCUCCAGCACAGUUGGGUGCAGGGGGCCCGCGGUGGUGCCCGCGUCAAGGUUAACUGGGCACAGGAUGUGCGUUGUUGCGUCCCGUUCAACCAAUCCGUGUCUCCCUUCUGCCGCUGACAUAGAGCUGAAUUGCGCGAUAUCCGCUCUGUAUAGACCUACGAAGCUCCUCCACCUCGCAAGAAGGCAAGAUUGGCAAGAGAGGAGUCAAGCACGACUACAGCGUCCCGCAUGGCCCGAGACGCCGACGAUGCACGACUCCUCGAAUUCAUGUCGGUUAUGGCACCCCGUCGCAAUCGUGCGGUCGAAAUCUUGGAUCAACCAGCCGGUCCUGUUUUCCCGAAUCACACAAGCGGCAAUUCGCAACCAAAGGCCGUUCACGAGCUUGGGCCUGGGCGAGAAACCGGAGCUCGAGUCGAAACCAAAACUUCCGACUCUGUCGGUCCGCCACAUUUACUGCAUGGUUCCAAUCAUGCGACCGGAGUGGGCGAGAGCACCGAGGGCGGAUCUGUGAUCGAUGAAGCAGUUCGGGACGAUUCGGUUUCGGACCAGGAAUACCUUUCGCGUCGAAAGAUAAAUGGCUUAGACGACGAAGACUCGAGCAAGGGGUUCGGGGUGCAAACUCUUCUACCAGAACGGGCCCAAUCACCGGGUACAGAGAUCCGGCACGAAGUAUGUAGCGGCGCCUCUCUUUAUCACCCUGUGUACCCUCUCGCGCGCGUGCAGCGACUGAUGACUCGAUGCCCAUAUCUAGGCGUUCAUGCAGAAUGCGGAUCUCGCGGAUCUCUCGGCAAGCUCUACCGAUGGCGUGGCCUUGCUUCUCGAGCAUGGUCGACUGUUUUUGCGCAACCUUUCAUAUUCGGUGGCCGAACAAGACCUGCGCGAUGCGCUGGGUAGCUUUGGCGAAAUCAGCGACGUGAGCUCCAUCUGAAUGGGUGCUAUGUGCACACAACGUAUGCCAUGCCUGACUGGAUCCGAUGAUACGCCUUCAGGUCCAUGUCCCGGUUGACUCCUCCUCAAAGUUGUCGAAAGGAUUCGCAUAUGUCACAUUCACAGCACCAGACUGUGCGGCUGCCGCGUUUCGGGCUUUGGACGGCCGGUCUUUCCAGGGUCGUCUUCUCCACAUCAUUCCGGCCGUGAGCAAUCGAUCCAACGUCGCAGACUCUCCGCGCGUCGAUAGGAGCGUGCGAGGCGGGCGCCUCGAAACUCGCAAAGCAAGCUCCGCCUCUGGUCUGACAUGGGCGACUCUUUACAUGAAUGUGAGCCGCCUUUGGGGCUUUGACGAGAAGCUUCCACGACCACGACCACUGAGCCUUUGCCAAUCUGCCUCAUAAUCGUUCAGAGUGAUGCCGUUAUGACAUCGGUGUCGGAUCGUCUGGGCUUGUCAAAAGCAACACUGCUGGAUCCCACUGCGGAUAGCGCUGCCGUCCGAGUCGCUCUCGCCGAAACUCACGUGAUAACUGAGACGAAGCACUAUUUCCAGUCGGUUCGUUUGCAGGCCCACAACCCUGGCCAAUCCCAAUUCCACUGAUCUCGCGAACGUUCUGAACAGGCUGGCGUGAACAUCUCGUCCUUCGCCUCACGCGGGCCAAGGUCGACCACCACAAUCCUCGUCAAAAAUAUCCCCUUCGGAACAAGCAACGCAGUAUUGAAAGAUAUGUUCGCUCUGUCUGGCUCAGUGACGCGCCUUCUCUUGCCGCCCAGCGGGACUAUGGCCAUUGUUGAGAUGGGCGACGCCUCUUCAGCCUCUGCCGCUUGGCGACAGCUCGCGUACAAGAAGCUUGGGUCAAGUGUGCUAUACCUCGAGAAAGCCCCCGCAGAGAUCUGGGCGGUCGUCUCAAGCGACGGGUUGGGCGAGGGCGCCCCCAAGUUCCCCCCGAACUCAAAACCUGUCGCGCCGAGCGCCAAGCCAAACGCACCCGUCUUCAAAACGAACGACGUUGCCAAGGCCGCCGAGGCCGGUAGCACCCUCUUCGUCAAGAACCUGGCUUUCGCCACCACGACAGAGGCUUUUCGAUCCUCGUUCGAACACCUGCAAGAUUUUUUGUUCGCGCGUGUCCAGACCAAACCUGAUCCCAUUACGCCUGGUCGCUCCCUGAGCAUGGGCUUUGGGUUCGUUGGCUUUCGAACGCCAUCUGCUGCACAACACGCAAAGGCCGUGCGGGAUGGCCUGCUCCUUGAUGGCCAUCAGCUCGAAAUUCGGAUUGCGCAUCGUGGCGGCGACGGCGAGAGUUCGACGCCAGACUCAGGAGUGCCGUCAGGGUCUGGAAACUCCACAAAGCUGCUCGUUAAAAACCUGCCUUUCGAGAUUUCCCGAAAGGAGAUCCGCGAGCUCUUUAGGUUAGUACUUUCAUGGUCGCUGCCAUGUGCCGUGUGCCGCGCGCCGCCCGGAACAAUCUUGCCUCUAACCGCUCCGAACUAUGUUCUUGAUCACACCCGUAGUGCGUACGGACCGCUUCGAUCGGUCCGCCUUCCUCGCAAGCUCGAUCACAAGACGAGAGGAUUCGCUUUUGUCGACUUUGCGACUCACCGAGAUGCGCAAUUCGCUUUGGCCGCGCUUGAGCACACUCAUAUACUAGGCCGUCACCUCGUCUUCCAAUGGGCCGACAGCAUCGAAGUUUCCGUUGACAGCCUUCGCUCUCGGUCCAGCAUCCGUAAGCCUCGUCCGAGAGGAAAAUUUAUCAAGUGA